AUGGCUCAGAGGCGCGCUCCCCUGCAACGCAUUGAUGCCCCGGAUACAAAAGCAUCGGCAUCCAACCCGGCCACCUUGAUCUUUCUUCAUGGGUUUGGCGAUGAUGCUGAUGGCUGGACAACCCAGCAGUUUCACGCCGCCAACAAAUUGCCUCAUCUGACUUGGAUUUUCCCCAAUGCGCCACAUAAUCAUGAGGCCAUGACACAAGCAUGGUACACGCCGACGGCCUUUUCCCCUAUCCCUGUUGGACGCUCGUCUGCUGCUGUAGGGGAGGAGGAGGAGGAGGAAGAAGAGGACGAGGAUGAGAUAUUGCAGAGCGUGGAGUAUAUUUAUGGUCUAGUGGACGAGGAGGUUAAGAGAGGGGUCGAUCUGAAUAGGAUCGUUGUUGGGGGUUUUAGUCAGGGCUGUGCUGUGAGUGUUGUUGCUGGACUCGCUGGACGAUAUAAGGGCCAAUUUGGAGGCAUUGUGGGUUUGUCGGGGUAUUUGCCCCAGGGGAAGAAGAUUAGAAGGGAGAGGGAGAGCUACGUGCGAGGCCAAAUGAAAGUGUUUUUGGGCCAUGGGACGAAGGAUAUGCUUGUUCCGAUGAGAGUGUUCAAAGACGCCAGGGCAAGGAUUGGUAAGACUGUUGGAGAAGAAGCUCUAGAAGUGCAUGAGUAUGAAGGGCUAGGACAUGCCACCUCUGGCAAUGAGUUCAGAGACAUGUGCGACUUCCUGGAGAGGAUUGUGCCACAAUAA